AUAAUUCUUCCCUUGAACUUCCUUCGUUCUAAGUUCCCUACAAACAAACAAACAGCGUAGUAGUACCUUCUAGAACAGACAAGCAAAAUUGCUUCAGCUGUUGUGUCACUCACGUUGCUUACACAUUCGAGAGAGGAGGAAGGAACUGAUUCUGCUCUGAUGAAGUGAGUGUGAUUCUCAUAUGAUAAGGUAGAUUGAUUGUCAAAGAGGUUCGACUAGGCCCCUAGUUUCUGCAACCAUCCGAUUCAAGGCACUCACGUGAGGAUUUAAUGAAUGGUGGUUCUGCAUCUAGGAAAGCUUUCUCCCAUUGUGUGCAACAAGUGAGAAAUUAUGAUUAUCAUCACUAUCUUUGCCUUCUUGAACUGCCUCCAUCUUUGCGGAAGGCUGCAUUUGCACUCCGUGCCUUGAAUGUUGAAACAGCUAGAGCAAUGGAUGUUGCUUCAGAUCCCAGGAUUGGACUUAUGCGCCUUGUAUGGUGGCAGGAAGCCAUUGACAAAAUGUUUGCCAAUAAACUGAUUGAACACCCAACAGCACAGGCCGUGUCAUCUGUGAUAGCUGAGACCAAAAUCAGCAAGACAUGGUUAAAACGAUCUGUUGAAGCUCGGAUUAAUGAUGCAAGAAGAGAGGUUACUGACAUGCCAAAAGGUAUGGAAGAGUUGGAGAAAUAUGCUGAGGACACUGUAUCAACAAUGCUGUACUUGACACUUCAAGCUGGUGGUAUCAAGUCUACCGCAGCUGACCAUGCAGCCUCACAUGUUGGUAAGGCUAGUGGUAUUCUUUUGCUCCUUAAAUCACUGCCCUAUCACGCCGGUCGCAACCGACAUUUUUCCUACAUACCAACUUCAGUAGCAUCCAAGCAUGGUCUAUUAGUUAAAGAGGGAAAUGGAGAAGAGAGGUGGGUGGAUUCUCGCGAGGGCCUCUGUGACGCAGUUUAUGAAAUGGCAUCAGUAGCCAAUGCACACUUGCAGAAGGCUCGGAAGUUAGCAGAAAGUGUGCCUGCUGAGGCUCUUCCAGUGCUCCUGCCAGCAGUGCCUGCUCAGGUUCUGUUGGAUUCCCUAAGUCGGGUGCAGUUUGACGUGUUUGAUCCAAGGCUAACGCGAGGGGUGCUAGGGAUUCCACCUUUGUGGUACCAGCUUAAGCUUAAGUGGACUUCAUGGAGAAGGAAAUACUAAAGAGGUUUACGUAGCUUUACUCAACAGUUAGAGCUGUUGCCUGUUAGGCUCAGGAGAAGAUGUGGAAUCAAUGAGCAAAUCAAGGGAGAGAGCCAAGAAUCUCGAAGUCUGGAGCAAUCUGGAUUUCUUUGCGCCAGUUCUGCACCAAUUUCCUGUUGCAUUUCGCGCAGACGCGCCAAGGAAGUAGCUGCUGGAAAAUUCUGCGCCAGUUUUGUGCGAGUUCCUUCACGAAGUUCGCGCAUUUACGCGAAAUAUCUGUCAGACUCUAUUUAAGUGCGUUUUUAACCUAUUUGAUGGAUCUUUUCAUCUUUUCUUUUCUCCUAAACCUAAUAAACACUUUUGGGAGACUUGGAGGCAAUUUCUUGGUGAAGAGGAAGGCUAGGCCCUUGAGGGCCGGUGUCAGGGCCAUGGAGGAGGUGACAGCUUCUCCGGACGUCCAUGGCUCCGUUCCAUUUUGGGUUUUGUUUUUCUCUUUACCUAUUUUUGUGUUGACUCUCUUUUGGUAUUUGGAAUGACUUAAUUUGAUUUUCUCUCUUAUUCAACAUACUAUUAUGCAAUUAUAAUUAUGGAUUUUCAUUA